AUGCUGUGGCAGCGAGUUUCUGCUGCGCAAAUUCUUCCCUCUGUCGCACCUCAUCUUCGAGAACGGCUUGAAUCUCUGGCCCAUGACUUGGCAUUAGUAGUGGCGGGAAUCAAAGUCGGUUGUUUUGCACGGGAAGUCGUGUCAAUCGCCGACGCCUUCUAUACGUUCCAUCCCCCAAAGCCCGGCAUGGCUCUGGUGAUAUUCCCCAAGAUCUCGGACCUCAAAGGCGGUGAUAAAUGA